UUCUUCAUCAGAGAGAGAGAGAGAGAGAGGAAAAACAGCAGACAUCCAUGGACGGAUACGAGAAAUUGGAGAAGGUUGGAGAAGGGACGUACGGGAAGGUUUACAGAGCAAGAGAGAAAGCGACGGGGAAGAUCGUCGCUCUCAAGAAGACUCGUCUUCAUGAGGAUGAAGAAGGGGUCCCAUCGACUACCCUUCGAGAAGUCUCGCUGUUGAGAAUGCUAUCCAUCGAUCCCCAUGUUGUCAGACUGUUGGAUCUCAAACAAGGCCAGAACAAAGAAGGAAAGACAGUCCUGUACCUGGUUUUUGAGUACAUGGACACUGAUCUGAAGAAGUAUAUCAGAAGCUUUCGUCAGACUGUAGAGAAAAUUCCUACUAAAAAUGUGAAGAGUUUGAUGUACCAACUUUGCAAGGGUGUUGCAUUCUGCCAUGGCCAUGGGGUAUUGCACAGAGAUCUUAAGCCUCACAAUCUUCUAAUGGACCGCAAGACAAUGAUGCUUAAGAUCGCAGACCUUGGUCUUAGUCGAGCAUUUACUAUUCCAAUCAAGAAGUACACUCAUGAGAUAUUGACGCUGUGGUAUAGAGCUCCGGAAAUUCUUCUGGGUGCAACCCACUACUCAACACCAGUAGACAUGUGGUCUGUAGGCUGCAUAUUCGCGGAACUGGUUACAACUCAACCACUCUUUCCAGGAGACUCUGAAUUGCAGCAGCUACUCCACAUCUUCAGGUUACUGGGCACCCCCAAUGAGGAUGUGUGGCCAGGAAUCAGCCAAUUACCAGACUGGCAUGAGUACCCUCAGUGGCGACCACAGAGUCUGUCAUCGGCUGUUCCUAAUCUUGAUGCUGAUGGCCUUGAUUUGCUUUUGAAGAUGUUGCAUUACCAACCUUCGAAGCGUAUCUCAGCGAAGAUGGCUAUGGAGCACCCAUAUUUUGAUGAUUUGGAUAAAACAUAUCUUUGAAAGGUGGUUAAGUUCCACCAACGAUUAGAAGCUUAGCACGACAGUUGUGGAUGUGUGUGUUUCACCUGCUUUCCUCGAGCAUUUAGGAGGGUGCUGUAUAUGAACAGCAAUCUUUGAUGUUGAAAUGGUUAAUGGGUGUGUGAUUCUAUGUCGCGUUGAUCUUUGAAUGACAAUCUUUGCAUUCUC